AUGUACUACACCGAGCUUCUACCUCGACUAAACUCACUCACGGUGAUACUGGACUUCUCUGGCGACGUCAAGGACAUCAAAGGAAUCAGAAUCGACAAGAAUGACCUAGCAAUAUCCACUGAAGGGAGCACACUUCGCAUAAAAUUACCCAUAGAUGGGAACCACAAUGUUGCGGAUAUGACUAUUUCAUCUUUAAAGUACAUUGAUCUGUGUCUUCGGCUAUCGAUCUCGUUUCCUGGUACAAAGUUAUCCGAGCACACUCAGUCUUUCAUGGAUUUCAAUCAUUCUAAUGUUCAAAAAUGGUCUUGUUCUGACCUUCGACGGACCCCACAAAAUGCCGAAAAGCAAAAUAUCUUUCACUUUGGUUGCGCCUAUUGCGACAAGAAUAUCAUAAACUCGAAAGAUUGUAGCUUUUUUGACAUGCCAUCGGAACUUUGGUCAGAAAUGAUGGAUUUCUGGCACUGCCACAAACCUCACGAUCAUGGCAACCAUGGAGAACACCAGCAUACAACUAAUCAGUACGAAGAACUCAAGCCAAAACAGAUGGAUGUAAUCAUUGGUGGAUUCUACUUUUUGGUGGACAAGGCUGGUGGCUUGAAGGUUGAGGCCGACCAAGUCUACUGUCCAUCAUGCGAUGCUGAACUUGGUGUUCUUGACAAAUCUUCCAAAAAGGUGUUCAAGUACAACCUAAAACUCAACUAUGAUACAGUGCUGGAACAGUUUCCUCGAUACCUAUAUGUCUAUAAUUGCGUGCUUGAUAAGAUCAAUCUGUCGGCGUGCCGAACAUUUGUCAUAAAAUCUGAUUCCAAAUCGCUAUUUAUUUGGGUGUUGAACAUUGGAUUGGACAUAUCCACUGAAACGGGCGUUUUUAAGAAUGCAUUGAAAUUGCUAUAUGAUGUUGAUCACCCCGAAAUCGAGAUGCCUACAGAGGAAAUAAGGGUACCCGGUGUAGUUCUUGACGAUUGUAUCACUCGUUUGCAAGAGAUUAAUUCGCAAUUACCUUUAGGACAUCGUUCUGCAGCUGUGGCCGGUAAGAAUUUAUUUAUAAGCUUCAUGGCUAGUGCUUAA